AUGCGUUUCAACACUCUGGUGGGCCUCGGCCUUCUGGCAGCCGAGUCUGCCCUUGCAGUCCCCUGCCCACCGGCAAGCGUGACAACCGCAACCCUCGAUGUGACUACUACCGCCACGCUGAAUAUCACUGAUGCGGCGACGGACACCGUUACAGACACUGUGUUUGAGACCAAUACCGUUAACUCAACGGCCGUCGUCACUUCUACCGAGGUGGAUCGUGUUGCUACGACUAGUACUGCUACUGUCAACGCCACAGUGACUGAGUUUACCACUGUCAACUCAACGGUCUUGUUCACGUCCACAGAGACCGAUGUGGACGUUGCCACCACAACUGCAACUGUUAACUCUACUGCUGUCUUUACCAUUACAGAGACAGAAGAGGUCACCAGCACCGCGACCAACACUGUUAACAGCACAGCUCUGUUCACGACUACUGAGGUUGAUGUCGAGACCAGCACCGAGACUGCUACAGUCAACUCUACGGUGCUGUUCACGUCCACAGAGACUGACUUCACUACCGAAGCGACUACUGCUACAACUGUUGUCUUGGUCACAAACUCAACUACCGUCACUCAGACUUCCACGGUCAAUGCCACAGAGACCGCUUUUGAGACCGAUACGGUUCUCACCACUGCUACGGUGAACGCUACCUCAACUGUCAAUGUCACGGCUACAACAGUCGAGACUAACACGGCUUUCGUUACUUCUACUGUUGAUAUCACUGCGACAGUGAACACUACAGCAACAGACUUUGUUACUUCAACUGUCAACACUACGGCCACUUCAUUCGAAACUGAUACGGUUCUCACCACUGCAACAGUCAACACGACUGCAACAGACUUUGUUACUUCGACUGUUAACACUACGGCGACUGCUUUCGAAACCGAUACGGCUUUCACGACUGCAACUGUGAACACCACUGCUACAGACUUUGUCACUUCGACUGUCAACACUACAGCCACUGCUUUCCAGACCGAUACAGUGACUUCUACUGUUAACACUACGGCCACUGCUUUCCAGACAGAUACAGUGACUUCAACUGUCAACACUACAGCCACUGCUUUCGAGACUGAUACGGCUUUCACGACUGCAACAGUCAACACCACUGCUACAGACUUUGUCACUUCGACUGUCAACACCACAGCCACUGCUUUCCAGACAGAUACGGUGACUUCAACUGUCAACACUACAGCCACUGCUUUCCAGACCGAUACAGUGACUUCUACUGUUAACACUACGGCCACUGCUUUCCAGACAGAUACGGUGACGUCAACUGUCAACACCACAGCUACAGCCUUCGAGACUGACACGGUGACCUCAACUGUCAACAGUACUUCCACGGCCUUCCAGACUGAUACUGUCUUUACCACUGCAACUGUCAAUGCUACUGACACAAGCACGGCCACUGUGACAACAACCCAGACUGUCUUUGUAACAGCCACAGGAACUCCCACCGACGUGACAUCUACCGAGACCAGCACUGAGACUGCGACUGUCGAUGCGACUUCCGUAGUGACUGACACUGUUAAUUCAACUUCUACAGUAGUUGUUACUGCCACUGUGACAUCCACUGUUGAUACCCCAUCCACAAGCGCCAGCACAUCUUCUUCUGACGCUGCAUCCUCACCAGCAGCUACUUCAUCUCCCGCAGCGGCUGCCACAACCACUACCACAACAGCUGCUGCUGCGGUUACUACGAGUGCUUCUAGCGAUCCUGCUGCUUCAGAUACUACGUCUUCGCCAGCACUGGCCUCCUCUGAUUCUACUUCUGCCGCCGCUACUGGAACAGCAACAACCACCGUUACUACGAGUGCCACUGGAGCAGCUACCACUUCAUCCGCUGUCGAUGGCGCUCCCGUCGAUGACACUCCUACGACUUCAUCGGCUAGCCCCGCGGGCACUACGACUGCAACUACUACUGUUGACCCCGCUACCACAACCGGUGCCUAG